UGCGGCGCCACAACUGUGGUUAAACUGCAACUGCUUUGUAUCAGCCUGAUGCUCAGACAGUCAGCAGCAAGACGCCAUGGAGGUUAGAGCUCUCUGCAUCAGACUGUUGAUGAAUGUAUUGAUGCUGCUGGGUGCACAUGUGCAGCAAAGUUAUCCUCAGGCAGCUGUAUCAGAUGCAGCUUUUCGUAUCGUUCCAACCAGACUGCAGUUCUUUGAAUAUGAGUCUGUGCAUUUCACCUGUGAGGGGUUUAAUGACCCAGCUGGAGGCAAAGUGAGGAACAUGAAGAAAUUCAUUCCAAAAUGUUCCAAUGGCACAGAGACAUCAACAGUGACCUGCACCAUUGGCUUUGCAUUUACAUCAGACAGUGGAGAAUACUGGUGUGAAGGUGGAGGAGGGAGAAGCAACAGUGUCAACAUCACUGUCACUGCUGGUUCAGUGAUCCUGCAGAGUCCUGUCCGUCCUGUGAUGGAGGGAGAGUCUGUCACUCUGCGCUGCAGAAACAAGAUGUCAUCCACCAACUUUGCAGCUGUCUUCUUCUAUAAAAAUGGCCACUACACUGGGCACAGCUCUACAGGAGAGAUGACCAUCCACAGUGUUUCCAAGUCUGAUGAAGGACUCUACAAGUGUCACAUCUCUGGAGCUGGAGUAUCACCAGAGAGCUGGGUGGCUGUCAGAGGUGGUGAUGUGAUCCUGGAGAGUCCUGCUCUUCCUGUGACUGAGGGAGAAGCUGUGACUCUGCGCUGUAGAAACAAGGAAACUCCCUCUGACCUCAGAGCUGAUUUCUACAAAGAUGGCGUCCUCAUCAGGAGCAGCUCUAUAGGAGAGAUGACCAUCCACAGUGUUUCCAAGUCUGAUGAAGGACUCUACAAGUGUCACAUCUCUGGAGCUGGAGGAUCAGUGGAAAGCUGGAUGGCUGUCAGAGCUCAACACGGGGAGGCUUGUGUUUGCUCAGACUUCAUUUAUGUUCUCCUCGUCUUAAGGACGGUGUUCACCAUAGUGAUGGUGCCUCUGCUGCUGCUGCUGGUGGGACUGCUGCACUGUGGGAAACUCAGAGUUACACAAAAAUAACUUAGGCCAACAUAGAUAAAGAAAUAUGUAUUUACAUAGUUUGUUUUGGUUUCAAGGUACUAAAAUCAUAUUAGCAAAAAAUGUCUCUCAUCAGAUGAAACAGCUUAGAAAUUAUAAAUAAAUUACUCAAUGCUCUUCAUAGUUAUACGUGUGCAGGCUGUGGUCACUGACUAGCACAUGAGCAGAAAAAGAGAUGCGAGACUUAUUUUCAAAGGCCUGCUCUGAACUGUGUCCAUACAUGUUAUUCUGGGUUUUAUUUAGAUACCACAGACGCAGGUGAUAAUUUCAGCUUCUCAGACACAGUUCACAUGAGAAAAGAACAGACAGAAGAUUUAGUGACCGUUCAGCGGCUUUGAAGAAACAAAUGUUGAAAUGAUUUUACAGAGAGCUGUACGAGAGAAGCGUCAUUACAUUUAUUUUGGCCCAAGAACAUUCUCUCCUUGCCUUGUUGUAUAUCACAUGUUCAUCACGCUUCAAUACGUUUGAUUUAACUUUGUCUAUGAAGGCAAAAGGUUGUAAAUUAGGUUGCUUUCUUGUACUGCAGAAGCUGUCGAUUCAUUGUCUGCUCUGUUCAGCUCAGGUCCCUCCGUCCCUGAGGAGAGGCCAGCAGUGAUGCACAGCUUGAUGUUAGAGGCUGACAUUUUGCUGGGAAUCCUGUGAGUCAUGGGCUUCCUCUGGGAUUCCCAGGAGAAGUCAGUGCCAAUUUGAAAUUGGUUUUAGUCAGUGGAUAUCCAUGCCAACUUUCUCUUAAUUAAACAGUUAUCUGUUUUUGAAUGCAGAUAAAUUAGAAAUAAGCCAAUGAAAGUAUCAUCAGGUGAUAGCCACAGGUUCUGGAAUUGCAUUUCAGUCAAUGUGUUCUGCUUUUUUUUGCUCUUACUUAAUAGUA